AUGCUCCCGGCAGCGCCUGACGAUCUCAUCCGCCAGCAUAACCGUUUACUUGAAGACGACACCGUCAUCACGCCAGAGCAGAACACGAUUAUACAAGAACAUGAACCAGUGUCGAAGGGCAAAAAGAAGAAAGCUAAGAAGGUCAAGGCAGCCAAGACAGCCCAGACAGCAGCUGAAACACCACCGGAUGAUGUGUAUGUAUCUUCUGGUGACGGCCUCAUUCCCGAAGAAUGUGCCCAAUUAACACCAGAUUACAUGAAUAGCAUCCAACCUUUUGCUCCGCCACCAGAGGAGCCCCUCAACUACCCGGAUCCUCCCAUCUCCCCAGAUUCCCCUCCUCCUGUUGAACAUCAUGUGAACCAGUCUAUCACGUCCCCCGUUCUAGAUGCUUUCGAUUCCCUCGAACAGCCGGCGGGUGAUGACCUGACUAGUCGCACCGAUACUUGGGCGCAAUCGGUGCCUUAUGGGAAAAGUCCUCCCACAGAUCUCUUGAAUGAGGAUCUGCCGAAUGCCUCGCCCUUGAAUUUCCCAACCAUUCCUGAAAGGGGUGUGUUCAGCCAUCCUUCCUCGGCAUCCCCCCAGACUCGUACCUUACCGUCUAGCUACGGGAAUGGUUACCGGAGCAGUCUGCAUUCGAGGCAACAGUCUGUGGAUAGAAGGAAGAGCCAUUCUUAUGGGAGUCCAAUGAGCAAUCAGGCGCCGCUCCCUCAUCUUCCACAGGCACAUUUCUUUGGAGCACCCAACAUCGAUAUGCUUCCAACUCAGAAUCGUCCACUAUCUGACGGAAGCUAUUCCUUCUGUAGCUUUGAUAUGCUACCCAGCUUAUCGCCGAAAUCAUCGCGGAUGGGAAUGAACGUCCUAUUGGUUGGCACAGACGGGGCCGUGGAGAUUCUCGCUGUCGAAGAUCGUCGAACUCGGCUCAUAGGGCAGAUAAGUGGCCUGAAUGGUCGAGUGAUUGAAGCAAAGCUCUUGUCGAGCCACCCAUCAGCCGACCCCUUUGCGUCGUCCCGACCACAUGUGGCUGUCAUAGUUCAUGGGCCGUUGGCACCUCAAGAGGACGAAGGUCGGGUGUCGUCUGCCACAUCGGAUGCAAACGAUAUUCCCCCUUCCGUAGUGCGAGGUCAUGCGAACGACCAGCGUCCAGCACGAGAAGACCUUCAGUUCUACCAGACGCGGGUCGAGAUUUACUCAUUCCGAACCGGUGAGCAUGUUUCUACGUUGUUUGCAAGCAAGCCUGUGCCGUGUAUGGAAAACCUUCCUGGCCUCCAGUCUUUUGCGCCCGCGCCUGUAGGCAGCUUGAAGCUCUUCACGGCCGGUGCGUACGUUAUCUUGGCAUCCGGGGUCAGUGGGGAGGUAUUUAUUUAUAGACAUGUUUUGUCCACGGAGACAUCUGGAUACCAGUGUUUAGGCAAGACUUGGACUGGAGUUCAGUCGAAGGAAACCCGGCGUUAUUCGACCUCGUCAAGUUCGACAACUGACCAAGAGGGGAGUCGUGCCGACUCUCCUCAUGGUUCGUCUUCUCUUGAACGGCCUAUCUUGGCCGUACAAGGAAGGUGGUUGGCAUUCGCUCCCCCAUCAUCAGCCUACAGAGGGUCAAUCCAGGGCACCGUCCCUUCAAACCUGAUCCUCGGCAAGGUCCCAGGCAUUGAAACUCGUAGUCCCCUGGCUGUGCCGUCGGUAUCAUGUGCGACUGAUGUUGGAGAAGGCGAGAGCUUCUUCGACAAAAUGGCGAGGGGUGUUGCCCAAGAACUCGUCAGAGGCGCACGUUGGAUGGGCGACCAGGGAAUGCAAGCCUGGAACAACUAUUGGAAUACCCAGCAAACAUCUGGCACUUCUCCACGUCGGUCAAUGCAGGGCCCCGACCAGCCGGCACAGGGAUAUGGACUAUUCCCUCCCACCCAUGCUCAAGAUACACAAACAUCAACCACCGAACCUGAUACUGUAUCUAUUAUCGACCUAAAUCGAUUUGAGGACGGCACGGAUAUACGAAACGUGUUUAUCCACCCACUUUCAACUUUCCAGGUCCCGAAUGGUUGCAGCUUCUUGUCACUUUCCCCGAACGGCUUGAUGUUGUUCACAGCAAGCAAGAAGGGUGAUGUGCAAUAUGUGUGGGAUCUCAUGCAACUAAAGCACUGCCGGUCCAUGGCUUUCAUGGCCGAUGACCAGAUAGGCCAGAAUCCCAACGUACGGCAGGUUGCCAGAUAUGCAAGACUGACCACAUCACGAAUUGUUGAUGUGAUCUGGACUGCGCCCACAGGAGAUCGACUGGCCGUAAUCACACGUAAAGGGACCAUUCACGUUUUCGAUCUACCCCGGAGCGCUUUCCAAUGGCCCCCAUUCCGCCGCGCGAAGACUAAAAGGAAGCCGUUGCCUACCGACCACCAAGUAGAUGAAGUGCCAAGCCAGGCCGCUGGAGGCAACCCGUUGUCAGCAGCCAUGAAGUUGGUUGGUGGUAAAACGCAGCCUUUCUUCUCCGCUGUCAGGGGUCGUGUUCCGUCGACGGGUGCUGCAUUCCCAAAUAUGAGUGGUUUUGCGCUGCCUUCCGCUGCUAGCGUUAAGAGCGGAAAGGUUGUCGCAGCAGGUCUAAGCAAGUCCGUGGGCGCUGCAACAGGUACUGUCAAUACUCUGCGCCAUGCUGGAGAGAACCGUCUACACUUACCAGGUCUUGCUCAGGACCCCGCACCUUCUCGGGUGACUUGGAUUUGCAACAAGGGCCUCAUCUUCCUCGGUGUUGUGGAUGGUGGGUACUUCAAAAUGUACCGCCUCAAACGUGCUGUAUCUGGCCAUAGAAGUCGACAGCCCCACUCUGUCGUUGGGGGUAAAGAGUCACAGGUCAAGCUACCUGCCAAUCUCCAAAGGCCUUCUGGGCCAGCUCCUGUCUCCACUUUUGAUCCAGAACUGGCAGUUCACGCUUCUCUUGCUCUUCCCUCAGCCACUUCCCAGCCGUCCAGUGCCUCACGCGCGUUUUGCCAACCUCUCUCGCAGGCCGAGAUUGAGACAAACACCCCAUACCAGCCUUUCCACACUGACCAGCGGGUUAGUCUGAAUGUCUUCUCUUCUGGCAGCGAUGCAAGCGACCCGACUGGACCCUGGAUUUUUGGCAACGACAUCCCCCUGACCAAGGUGCACUUGAGGUCAUUAAACAGCCACAGCGAUGAUCAUGGCGAGGACGAGGAUGAGAAUGCUGCUAUCCAUGGAAGUUCCCUUGGCGCUGGUGGAGAGAUUGAAAACCUCAUCACACUCGGGAACAGCACCGGCAAUGUUGAGGAAGUUGUCAUAACUACUCGCCGGAAGAAGAGACACUCUACUCCGUUAAAGGCCGAUGACGGCUUCUUUGAGGAUGAUUGUGAGGUUCUUGACUUCGCUCGGGACCGUGUGUGA